AUGCCUGCAGCGUCCAAAGCAUGCGCAUCGUGUAGACACCAGAGGAAGAGGUGCGACGGCAGCUGCCAAUAUGCCGAGCUCUUCCCGGCGAGCCGGUUCGAGGAGUUCCAGAACGCACAGCGGCUCUUCGGUGUGAACAACAUACACAGCAUCGUGAACGCGGUCGACCCUGAGUCGAGAAAAGAAGCCGCCGAGUCGAUACUCAUGGAGGGUAACAUCAGGAGAGGCGAUCCUGUGCACGGAUGUCUCGGCAUCGCUCGGAGACUCAAGUGGCAGAUAGAGUUCUGUGAGAAGCAGCUCGAAGAAGCGAACCAUUUCCUAUCUUUCCUUCGGCAGAGAGACCGGGAAUUGAAGAGGCAACGGCUGGAACUUAACGAUGCUACAGUUGAACUCCCGCCGUUGCCGCUGUCGUUUCUCUCGAAUGGAGGCGGCGGCGGGAGUUUCUACGGGAUGACUCGGUCCAAUCCGGCCACUAAUCUGCUUGACUCGAGUAACAUGGAUUAUCAUCAAGGACUCAAUUACCAAUCGACGUACGAAGAAGGAGCGACCAGCAUCGAGCCCAUCGAUUUCUUUCGCGCUUCCGAGCAAUGGGACGACAAUCCUAACGCGGCGAUCAUGAGAUUUUGCAAGGUGGACCAAAUCACUAAACCUGAAGAGCCAAAGCAGGAGAAUAUGGGGCCGUGCUUGAAAGAACCGGACUUCGAAUCUCAUGGUGAUCAAGACAGAUAA